UUCGGCAAACUUCGGGUGCCUUCGUCAUUUCCGAGGCAUUAACAUCGCAAGGGUCACGUGACGCGAUUAGCUGUUCUGCGUGAGCUCGACUUUCUGUAGCUUUUUUCACAUGUUAGCUAGCACCUAACUGUACGAUUCAGUGUCUCACAAGUUACAAAACUAGAUUCACUUCACUGAACUGUAUUUUGGAUAUAGUUCAUAUUUGAGCUGCAUUGCACGGAAUCGUGCUUCUUAGCUGGUUGUAGACAUUUCUCCGUGCUCGUUUAGCCAAGCUAAGCGCGUUAGCUAACAGACAUUCAACAUGAAUAUUGACAAUCAGUGUGUCACAACCGGAGCAUCGUCUACUACUUCUUCUACAGCAAGUAAUUGUAUUGCAAAUGAUAAUGCAGCAACCAGCGUGAGCAGCAUUCCUUCGGUCACGAGUAAUGUUUCUGCCUCAUCAGCCAUGGUUACACCAUCAGCUGAUACAUCUGUCUCUAACGGGGUCUAUGUUCCUGGGGGCAUCACCAAUGGAGAUGUAAAGCCUGCUCUGUCCACCACUCCCUUGGCAGAUUUCCUCAUGCAGCUGGAAGAGUACACUCCCACAAUUCCUGAUGCAGUUACUGGGUACUACCUCAACCGGGCUGGUUUUGAGGCAUCUGAUCCAAGAAUAAUCCGUCUGAUCUCCCUCGCUUCUCAGAAGUUUAUCUCAGACAUUGCCAAUGAUGCACUGCAGUACUGUAAAAUGAAGGGCACUGCUUCAGGAAGCUCCAGGAGUAAGACAAAGGAUAAGAAGUACACUCUGACUAUGGAAGACCUGGCCCCUGCUCUCACAGAAUAUGGUGUCAAUGUCAAGAAACCAUAUUACUUUACAUAGAACCGUAUUCCUCCUAUUUUAAUUUCUCAUUUUGCUUUUGCUAGUUUUAUCAUAUUGCUGACCCACUAGUCUGUUGACACCUUUGUUGCUAAACUUCUUCUUUUUUUUUUUCAUGAUGCUUUAGGACAGCCUUGUCAGAUCAUUGUAGUGAAUUUGCUUUUUCUGUUGAGCCACAUUAUGUUAAAUUGUAAAGUUAAGUUCAAUUGUGAAAAAAUAAAACCCUUACCAAACACA